AGUUCUCAGAAAUACAGUGAAAUGGUCACAGAUCUGGAGAAUGUCCGGCAGAUUAUCGAUAGUGAUGGUACCGAUUACGACAAUUUAGAACUGACGGUGGCGGAAACGAUGUUAUUCAAAGCAUCAUCACCAUCGUCAUCAUCAUCGUCAAUAGCAACUUUAAAAAAUGACGGUAACGAUGAUCUGGAAACAGAAAUGCUUGAGAAAAUCUCUUCGCAUCGCAGCGCAACAGCCACUGCAACGUGUUCUUCUAUAUUGCAGAAGCAAUGUGUUAUUGGAACAUGUACCGGGCGCGACUGGGGUUGGAUUUUCAAUGCAAAAUUUUAA